UGCAGCGCGUGCGAUACGUAGCCAUCUUGUGUAGAGCAGAGGAAGAGCAGCCGUUAGCUGACAGUACACAGACUGACAGACCCGCAUUCUGUUCUCUCAGGCUGAAAUAAGUUCAGGAACAGACAGUCAACAUGAGUUAUUACGAGUCGGCAUGCCUGUCCAGCGUGUUUUCUGGAGGAUACGUGCUUUUUCAGACGGAGGAGCGCUGAAAGCUGAACGCGCCUCAGAGUCGAGUGAGUCCAGCGGCUGGAGUUUGAUCCGCGCCAGCGGCCUGAAGGAAACUCUCACACCGGGACAUGGCCUUCAUUUAGGCCACGGAGAGUAAGCACACGGGCUCGGGAGGAUUGCUGUAAUAAAACUGACGUUGUGUUUGGGCUUCGUGAGUACACUUUGAACUCAAUUAAAGGUCUGAAAAUGCCGCGAUGAGGACGCGCGGAUCUCUGGAGUUAACGUUAGCUUGACGCUAACUGAAAAUUAUAGCAUACAGUUUUACAGGAACUGCGCUUAAUUUGAAGCUGCGCUCUUCAGUCUGACGUAAAACCAGAAAAACCCACCUAAAGCGGUCAAAAUGUCUAAAAUGCCGUCGAAAAAGAAGAGCUGUUUUCAGAUCACGAGCGUAGUAACGCAGGCGCAGGUGGCGGCAAACAACAACACGGAAGACACCGAGAGUUUGGACGACCCGGACGACUCCACCAGAACUGAGGACGUGUCCUCGUCCGAGAUAUACGACAUGUCCAAAGGUGGAGAAUUCGAGCCGGAGGCCUGUGACGUCAGUUUGACGGACGAACCGCUGCAUAGCGAAGCUGAAACAUCUGGCCAGGACAGUUCGCGCAAUGCUAGUGCUGUUCAGAUGAACCCGAGCGCCCGAGCUGCGGGCCAGAUGAGCCCUGCCUCUGUUUCUGCCCAAGCCUCCACCCCAAACACCGCACACACAACAUCAGUCAGCACCUCGGCCACAGUGAGCACCUGCAGUUCCCGUUUUAGGGUCAUCAAAUUAGACCAUGGUACAGGUGAACCCUUCAAGAGAGGUAGGUGGACCUGCACUGAGUUUUAUGAGCGGGACACUGAUGCUGGCCGGACUGUGGAUAAUGUCAAACACACUGACCACAGCGUGGACAAGGACGGGGCGGCUGCGCAUGUCUCCACGCUCGCCGCAGACCCACACACAGAUAGUGGCUACAUCUCUGCACCAUCAAACCCUCCAGUGGAGCUCCAGCAGCACCCCUUCGGCAUUGCGCCGCAGAACGCAUUUGGCGAUGCCAAAUCUCCCAGCAUGCCUUCCACAACCCAGCCGCAGCCGUUUUACGCUGGUAAACCGCUGCAGAAGCCCGUUCAGGUGCUUCAGACUUUAGUCACAGAUUACAGAGCGCAGCAUCAGCCUCCGGGCUCCCCGGUGGUCUCAGUGGCCACUCUUCCCUUGGUUAACCCCCUAACCCAGGGCCCAUCGCCCAUCAUGACUCCUGCAGCCGGGGGUCUGCAUGUGCUCGGGAUAGGCCUUCCCAUCAGCCAGCCGGAGCAUGCAGUUCAGCCGGGCAUGGGCAUGGUGGCGCAGGCCUUAGCGCCGCUCAUCCAGCCAGCAGUAACCGUGUCUGUCAGCUCUCACGCCGGCUUGCAAAAUGUGCCUGUUGUAAUGUCCAGUGCCUCUAAUACCCCCCAGAGCGUGCCAAAGCAGACUGCAGCACCCCAGCAGAACCAGCCUCAGGGAGUGCCCAGUGGGUCAGUGGUGGGACUGGGUGCACAGAUGAGCCUCUCGGGUUUUGGCCUCGCAGACGAGGGCCAGAGAAAGCCGGAGAUGCUGCAGCAGAGCUCGGGACUCUCCAUCAGACCCUUGAACCCCGAGGGCCUGCAGCUCCACACGCCUGCGGUCAACAGCCUGUUCGGGAUCGCCAUUCCCAUCGACGGGGACGAGGACAGGAACCCCUCUACUGCUUUCUAUCAAGCGUUCCCAAACGGCAGGUCGAAGGCCAUCAGUGAUGGUGCCUCUGGUGCCAGUGUUGUGGCCAUUGAUAACAAAAUAGAGCAAGCUAUGGAUCUCGUGAAAAGCCAUUUAAUGUACGCUGUGCGCGAGGAAGUGGAGGUGUUGAAGGAGCAGAUCAAGGAGCUCUACGAGAGGAACUCUGUUUUGGAGAGGGAAAACGCAGUAUUGAAAUCUCUGGCCAACAACGAGCAGCUGACGCAGCUCACGACUCAGACCCACAACCCCAGCAGCACUUCCCCGCAGCAGACGACGGUCAACGCCAUCCUUCAAGAAGCGAGCAAACUCGUGGCCUUGCCUACACAACCCAACGUGUCCACGGCGUGAAGCGCUUCUCGUCCUGGGACUCCUUUUCCAGUCUCGUUUGCCACUCGCCGGAGAGCCAUGCUUCGAUUUUUAUACGCGCCGCUUGGCUUUCCUAGUAUUAGACAAUCAUUUUUGGGAGAUUCGUUUUGGCUCCGGGGAUGAGUUCACGAUCGAUUGGCGAAUAAAAAAAACGCGGAGAAACUGGCGGAUGUUUCUCCGCUAGCAAACGCCGUUAACGAUCUCCAAACGGAAAGUCUGGGCGUUUUCCAGAGCAUGAUCAGUCCCCCUUUUUGUUUUCCUCUCGUCUGUUUAGUUUUACUGUUUGCAUAUAUUUAUUAGAGGGCUGCUAUUUUCAUAAUGUAAAUGUACAAUGCAACAGAGGUCUAUUAUAUAAAGAAACGUUCUCUUGGUUUCUGAACAUGUAAAGUAACUUGUUUAAAUGCGUUUUAGGCAAUAAUGUCCCCAUGGCACAGUUCCAACACUAAAGGUGAUUCGACAACAGUCCUGGAGGGUUGAAUUGGUUUGGGGGUUUGAAUGUACAUGUGUAUAGAUUGUAAAGUAUUAAAAGCAUAGCCAGUUGUACAGGUGAGCACCAGUUAUCAAGUAUUUUCUUUUCUUUCGGAUUUCGUUAAGUAUACUUGCUAUACUUUCCCUAAGUACUUAAAUUCUGGUUUUCAUUUAGUUUUUUAAAUCUGGGAUGGGGAUGAAGCUGUGAAUUUGUUCAUACAACAUAUUUGUAACCAAAGAAAUGUUUGUUUUUUCUAAUGCACAUUUUCUCGCUCAUGCUUUUUUUUAUUAUUAUUAUUAUUAUUAUUAUUAUUAAUUAAUUGCUGGUUAGCAUGUUCUGCAUGAUCUGUCAGACCAUCUUCUUACCUCAUGUUUUUUUUUUUUAGUCAUCAUAACUUAAGCAGUCUGUGAACGAUGUUUCGAUGGUGAAGGGUGAAUUAUUUUGGUCUCUCGGAGGAAAAGUCCCCAGUUAUACAUGGAAAAAAAAGAGAAAAGAAAAAAAAAGCCAUCUGUUUUUAUUUGCAUGGUGUUGUCGAAGUUGCUAUUCAAAUGUUUAAUACAUUGCAGAAAAUGUACAAGAUAAUAAAUUACGAUUUAUAUUUCCUGGCGUAGUUUACACUGAUUUCUAAACUAUCAACCAAUGCCAUCAGAAUGAAUGAAAGCCACAGAAGUGUUCACAGAUAUCAUUUGCUUAUAUAGGGCACGUCCUGUUUUUAAUGUCUUUCUGUGCCUCUUGUAUUAUGGAUGCAGCAAUCUGCUUUAUUUUACGCCCAGUUUGAGCCAAACAGAAAUAUUGUACAUUCACUGUACGUCGGUCUGAACAUUUUUUUUUUCUUUUCUUUUUUUUUUUUUAAGUUUGCUUGUUUUUCUUUUCUUUUUGUUGAAGGAAAUGUAGUUAUAAAAGCAAAACGUAUUGUACUUGAUCACUGAGCCUUUGAAAGCAUCUUAAAAACCCUUGUAAUGUGCUGUUUUAAAAAAAAAAAGUUUAGUUUUCUGUCAAAAUAAAUAACUGUUCCAUCGAGAACUAGACCGUUUUAAA